UAAUUUUCAGGGCAGACGGCAGUUAUCAGGUUUAAAUCUUGCAGGCAUUGGUUGUUUGCGAGAUGCCACGUCUUUUUGGUUACUGAUUUUAUUGGACAUGUGACUGAAUUAGACGCUCACAUGGCUGCAGUGGCUGCAUGAUCCGCUUUAGUUUUUUAAAGUCCGGUGAUCGGUAGCUCGAUCCCUCGGCAGCGACCAUCCGGAGCAGAGGACCGCUGAAAAACACAGCGCCUAUCCGGACAAAUCAUGGCGAACAGUGGGCAGAAAGUUGUGCUGAUCACCGGCUGCUCCUCCGGCAUCGGGUUACGAAUCGCCGUCACGCUGGCCAAAGAUGAAAAGAAGCGUUACCAUGUGAUUGCCACCAUGCGGGACCUGAAGAAGAAGGACAAGCUAGUGGAGGCAGCAGGAGACACAUAUGGGAAGACCCUGAUGUUGCUCCCACUGGACGUGUGCAGUGACGAGUCAGUCAAGCAGUGCAUCAACAAUGUCAAGGACCGCCAUAUUGAUAUCCUGAUCAACAAUGCAGGUGUGGGCUUGCUCGGACCUGUGGAAAGCAUCAGCAUAGAGGAGAUGAAGAGAGUGUUUGAGACCAACUUCUUUGGUGUGGUUCGUAUGAUCAAGGAGGUGAUGCCUGAUAUGAAGAAGAGGCGGUCAGGACACAUCGUAGUCAUGAGCAGCGUCAUGGGCCUACAGGGCGUAGUGUUCAAUGAUGUCUACACUGCCUCUAAGUUUGCCAUGGAGGGGUUCUGUGAAAGCAUGGCUGUGCAGCUGAUGAAAUUCAAUAUCCGGCUGUCCAUGAUUGAGCCUGGCCCAGUGCACACAGAGUUUGAAACAAAGAUGAUGGAGGAUGUGGCCAAGAUGGAGUAUCCAGGAGCAGAUGCCGACACUGUUCGUUAUUUUAAAGACGUUUACCUGCCAUCCUCCAUAGAUAUAUUUGAAGCCAUGGGCCAGACGCCAGAGGAUAUAGCCAAGUGUACUAAGAAGGUGAUUGAGUCAAGCAGCCCUCGCUUCAGGAACCUGACCAACAGCCUGUACACACCCAUUGUGGCUUUGAAGUAUGCAGAUGAGACAGGCGGCCUGUCUGUCAACACCUUCUACAACCUACUCUUCAAUUUUGGCCCACUCAUGCACAUCACCAUGAGCAUCCUCAAGUGCCUGACAUGCAGCUGCCUGCGUAGACGCACCAUCUCACCCAACUGAAUAGGGCCGAGAUGGCGCCGAUCCCCCAAACCCCACUUCUGUCCCUGGGGUGGUGGGCUAACCAGGUAGACUAGAACCCAUAACCCUGGAGAGAGGAGGGGCCUCUUAGUUCAGAGACACUACCAUGAUAAGCUUUGCCAGACAACACGCACAAUUGCACAAGUUUGUCACAGUCAUGUUAUGUUGCAGGAUGACCUCAUGUACACACCAACAUACAUACAAACAAACUCACAUGCAACAAAAACACCCACACCUAAUCAUCAUUAUACAUAAGAGGGCCAUGCCUCAGUCAUGUGUGGAACUGAACAAAUAUACUGUAAGUGGCUACAUGUCUCUAUGUGAUUAGAGCGUACACAGAAAGGACGGGUUAUGAGUCCCAUGGACAGACAACAAAGCACAAAAACAAACUCAGUUAAAAGAGUAACAUAAUAGAGUCAGUAAAAGAAACAAUAAUGCUAUAGCUCCUAUCCAACUAAAGACUCAGGCUCACAGGCGUUAUAACAUGUAUGACACAGUCAGAAAGAAUAUAUCUACCUUUGUUGUGUUGCGCCCUUGAUUUCAUGUUUGUCUUAACUUAGUGUUGUUCUCAUGGUCGAAACUGCUGUUGAAUCAUAUUUCUGAAUCUUUUGAUAAACUGAAUGUGUUUGCUUUUUAAGAUUUGUGAAAGGGGUAGGUCAGAUAUUUCAUUUUUAAUGUAACAACUUGAUUUAGAAAUAAACAGCAUCCUGAUUUACUCUAA